AUGACACGGUUUGCGGAAGAUAGCUGGAACCCGGCGGUUGCGGUCACAGCAUGGUUCCUGAUGAGUACCACCGUUCUCGCGGUCAUUUCUCGACUUAUAACAAAAUGGCUGGUUUUCCGGAAAAUCACCAGUGAUGAUUAUAUGGUAGUUGCAUCAGUUAUAUUCUGCGUAGGCAACACCAUCGCCGUUUCCGUGGCUACUAGCAGCGGCUAUGGCGACCACACCGAUGCAGUCUCGAGGGCCAUGCAGGAAACUGUGAUGAAGUCACAACUAGCCGCAUCCCUGCUCGCUAUCCUGAGUAUAUUGUUCUCCAAGUUAGCGAUGGCAGUUUUCAUUCGUAACCUUACGCCGACAUCCCGAGACCACCUUUACGCGCAUAUUGUCCAGGGGCUGGUGGUAGUGUUCGCAGUGACUACUCUGUUUGGAUCGGCUUUUCAAUGCCAUGCUCCGGACACAUGGGACUAUAUAUCCGGUACAUGCAUUGACAGGGUCGCGUGGGCCACAUUUGUCGCUCUCACAAGUGCUAUCACGGACAUUCUGAUCAUUAUCCAAGCUAUGCUCUUAAUUAGCCAUGUCCAAACUACAUGGCAGAAGAAGUUCAUGUUUGCGAGCAUAUUCCUGCCGCGACUGUUUGUCGUCGCUGCUAAUGUCGCCCAAAUCGCCCUCAUAAACACCUACCCCAUUUCAGGCGAUCCCUUCAUCGAUACGUCCCCCUCUACAAUCUGCAUAGAGACCGCCCAAGCUCUCAGCAUCAUCACUGCUUGCUGGGGCCAGUUGAAGCCCUUCCUUACUCGUCUUCGAUCGAACGCGUUCCGCAUUCAUGGCACAGAAUGGUCGAGUACCUCCUACCACAAGGAAUCGCGGACGCCUCAAUCUCAGACCAGGACAAGGGCAACUACUAUACGCCGUGGCUCGGCGCAUGAGUUGCAAGAGUUUAUGCCCCAAUCGGCGUAUGGCACACAAACGGAGGUCUUGGCGUCAAAUGUGGCGUCUGACUGGGAUUCAAGGAGUCAAUCCAGCGAGACGCAUAUCAUUCAGGAGACGACGUGGACCGUAACAGAGGCGCGAUUAAAAUGA